CGUCGUUAAUUGCAUGCAGUAGCAAUAUACCACGAAACCUACCAUGAGCACGAACUUAUAAAAAUACUUGAGAAAAAGAGCCAUCAUAUUUGCUCAUUUAUCAUUUGCGGUGAAGUUCUAGGCGUCGCUGGUGAUCAUAUUUAUGUUUGGUUUAGAGCAAAAAAAAUAUUUUCUAACCUAGCCCUAAAUAGAAGAAGUAGAUAAAUCGUCAAUAAAAUUAAGUUGUUAGUGACAUAAAGUUAUUUAUUUGGAUAAAUAGCAUCAACUUUGUUCAGCUGGACUAAUAUUGUCUCGCAAGAAAGUUACUUUUUGAAAGUGCUGUGGUACAUGAUGCUGACUGCUGAGCAUUUUCAAUAGCGUCGUGAUGGUCAUUUAUUCGUGUGCUGCUCAAUAAUCAUGGAAGAGAAGAUCAUCAUGUAAUCAUAAAUCAGCUUACAUCACAUACUAUUUAAUCUGACAGAAUAUCUAAUGUCCCGGACACUAAAGCCUACAUCACUACAACACGAUUAAAAAAGACAACACCCUUUUUAGUGAGUGCUGCAUCUCACAGAUGAAAUAAUUUAAUAGCCGGUUCCUGGAGUUGUUCUAUUAUUUUUAUUGCGUGGAUUUAGCAGCAAGUGUGUCAAAUAAACAAUCACCAACAGGCUUGUCCAGAUUCACGAAUAAGUUUGCAACCAUAUCCUCUAAUUGCAUGAGGUAGAACUUUUGCAUUAGUUUUUUUGCAAUCACUCAUCUACCGAGUGGCCAGAAACAAAGACGUGCAGAUAUUUAUUUAGAUCGACGGAACAUGCAGUGUAUCUUGGUAUAUCUUGGUGUAUCUUGGUGUAUCUAUACAUCAACGUGUAUGUAUAAAACCUAACAAGACUCACAAUGACCAACACAUGAGGUCUGCUUAAUCUGAAUUUACUCCAUUUCAUCAAAUAACCUGCAAGAUUUGAUCAGUACACAGACGCAGAAUUUCUCUCAAAGCUCAAAGCGCUCAUAGAUUCUCCACCCGACCAAGAUCGUGACACUCGUUGGUUAUAAAAUCAGAAAAGUCUACAUUGAUACAAGUUUUUGCUUCGCAUUUGCAACUGGGCUGGAUUGAUGUUCGACCUUGUCACACCCUGGCUUCAGUCACAAGUUUUUCCAUCCCUUCCAUUGUAAAGAUCUUGGUGAGAAGCCCACUCAAACUUGAACUCAAGAGAUACGUACUUACAUAAAGGCAAAUAUGCACAUGCCAACUCGUAUUUCUUCAUUGUGGUGGUCAUAAACCUGGCAUCGCUGAAAGCUGAGACAAAAUAUAAAUCAGAAUUCGCAUGGGAUUUGAAUGGAAUUUUAUGAAUGAAUGGAGUGAGGAAUUGCAGUACUAAUAAUAAUGUCAUGGAAGGGACGAUAAAUUCCUUUGUUAGUUUAAGCUCCACUGCACAGCAGCUCAAAAAUCUUUUCAACUCUUUUGAGACAUUACCUUCAGCAACCUUGGUCCUACAAAGAAAGUGAUGGCUCAAACUCAAUUAGCCUAACUCGCAAAUAAUUAUAUUCACAAUGAAAUGGCUGCAGGAAUGUGUAAGAGAUAAAUUGAGUCGCAUACAUGAUUCAAGUUGUGCGGAUUAGAUUCUAUUGACUGGCUACAAAUAGCAAUUACUAUUAUAAUUAACAAAGCACAUGGACUUCAUUAUCAGCUAACUCUGAGUUCAAAUGGAGGAAAAGUGAUUCACUGACAAAUACGACUUUGCGAACAAGAAUUUCAACUAUUUCAUUGACCGUAGAAGCCAAAAUAAAUAGUUAAAGCAAAAGUGAGGACCAAUUAAUAGAAUUAGUGAGCCCAACAUCCAUAUCCUUGUGGGGUGAUGUGUAUCCAUACCCCCAGAAGUAAGCAGCACUGUCAACAUUCUAUUCUAGGCUGAACAGAGCAAUAGAUGCAAGAAGUGGGUGAAGGGACGCUGUUACACGAAUGAACAAGAUAGAACAUUGGUGCAGCUCAACAGGUUGUGUAAUAAAACGUGCAAAAAAAUUGCGUUGAGAUUAAGUAGGAUUUUUGCUUUUUAUCGCUUCUCCCAAAAGACAUAGUGCAUGAUGGUAACCACUCAAGAAAUCGUAGGUCUGCCAGAGUCUGCAAAUGGAUCUUUGAGACCGUGGUCUCCUGCUCCUUCCACCUCCAAUAAUACGAGCAAUAAUAAUAAUUCUGCUUCUGUUACCUCACUGCACCAAUUGCAACACCUUCGUUCUGCUAAUCCUCGUCAUCACAACAACAACAAUUCAUUCCAGCAUAACAAGAAGGAUCAUCAGUAUUCAUCAGACUGCUCUUUCCAAAGAAGUGGUGGAUGCAGUUGCAGUGAUACAACGUACAGCAGUGAGACCAGUAGUAUUUGCAGUUGCAGUGAGAGUGAAUCUGACACAGAAUUUACAUGUUAUACAACAUCUCCAGAAGGAACAUCAUCACCAUCACACCAGCGACAAAAAGGGUUUGCUGCGAUUAGGCAGGAAGCGACCAAUUCCGGGACUGGUGGUGGAGUGCCAGGAAGAAGUUCUUUUCUCAAAAAGUCCAAGAAGAAGGAGCAGUAUCGCAUCAGGUUUCAGAUAAAUAAGGACCAGCAGGACCCUCAAGUUCAUCCCUUAAAGCAGACACCGACGUCUUCUGCCAGAGAAGCAGGGAGAGUGGCUGGGUCCUUGAGUACAACUGACCUUCAGAUCAUAAAACCAGGGGCAAAGUCAUCCGAUGAUUCAGGAGUAACGACUUCCUCCUACUCAAGCCAUUGCUAUUUCAGUAGUCGAGCAAGUCCACUAAUUCCUAUACAACAGCGUCAAAAUUUGUCUCACAUUCCCACGAGUGUCACCACCAUUAGUGCAAGUUGUAGCAAUAUUUUAACCACAAAUUACAGGAAAUUCGAUGAAUUUGCUAGUACUCCUCCCUCAUUAUUCCAGUCGCAAACUCUUACGAAACCUAAGCGAGCAAAAAGUUUCAGGAAAUUAUUGAGCAAGUCAAAGUCAUUCGUAUUCAGUUCUAACCACUCUAACGCAACAGCCGAUAUAAAAAACAGUUUUCACAAUCAAUAUGAUUCUGCUUCUGCGAAAAUCAAGCAAAAAAGUGAUUUGAAUAUAUCAGAUCAAAAUAGAUCAAACGUGUCCAACGUGUCCAAAUGGUUGCGAGGGUUUAAACGGGAUGUUGAUUUCUUGAGCAAUCGAAAAAGCAACAACGCAGUCGAGGUGUGCAAAUCUUGUGGAGGUGUUGCACAGCCUCCAGAUUUCUCUCCUACUCCCAAAACAUACACCACGUUGCAGAGACGACGGGAAGAAGACAGAGUAAGUGGCAAGAAACAUUAUGGCAGCUAUGAACAAAGGUCAUGGCUUGAGAUGAAUUCCGAGGACAUUUACUCUUAUGGAAAAUACACCAGACUGCCAACUGCUGAGAAUUCCAUUCCUCUCCUCAAAAAACAAGAUCAUCCAGAUUUCCUUAGUCUACGACGUCAAAAUCAAUCCAAAUCUCCAUCCUCCUCCAACAAUACGAUUAACAGCAAUCAGGGAAAUAAACCCAAAGUAAUCGUCGCAAACGCUCAUGAUAAUCAGAAAGACAAAGAACAUCAUCAUCAAGGCCGUACUAUUAUAGGAGGUAGUGGCAGAAGUGGUGGUGGUGGUGAUGCAAGUAAACAUAAGCUUUAUCACAAUUACAACAAACGUAAGGAGGAGGCAAACGGUGUCCAACAGGUUGUGGAGAGUGGUGGUAGCGAUAAAAAUAAAAGUGUAACAAUGGCCAAUUAUCACACAAUCAGACAGCAAAAGAGUGGCUAUGCAGUGCAGAAGAGUAUGGAAUUUCUUGACGAUGAAUACCAUUCUUUUUACGACUGCAGAAUUCCAAGACCAAAGCUCAAGUUUGUGAUUCCUACACAUUCGUAUGGGGUCAGUAGCACCAUGACCAUGAAAAAUUUAGGGAGGAAAAUAGACAUUGUGGACGCUUCAGGGUUUACAGAGAUUUCCUUGUCAGACAAUGAAAACGAGGCGGAUGAUACGGCGUAUGGAAGUGGGAGUGGUUCCCAGUCCUCCAAAUCAUCAAAGUUCAGAUCUGAGAAUUCCAGUGAGGACACGCUCUCCGAGUUUGAGAGAGAGCAGGAGUUGUCCCUUGUAAAUGGAAGCAGCAGACGCCUCCUGAACUUUAACAGGUCUUUGUGGGCAAAACACGGCACGGUCCCUCCUGCCCACAGAGGGAAAAGUGACCAAAUGCGCAUCGUGGAGUCGUUGAAGGUUAUCCCAUUGUUUCGGAAACUCAGCACUAGCUUUCUCACCAAAUUGAGUGAGCAUGUCAACGAGGUCAGUUACGAUUGCGGGGAAUAUCUUAUACGCCAAGGAAGUCGAGCGGAAGGCUUGUUCAUUUUAAUGUCAGGAACGGCUAAGGUUACCUUUCUGUCUAAUCUGAAUGGGGAGGAGGUUUAUCUGAAAACAUUGCAUCCGGGCGAUAUCUUUGGAGAAUCUCUUCAGGGGGAAAGAGUGAAUAUGAUGAAUGUGAUGACGACAGAUGAGACUGCUACAAGUCUGGUAAUUAAUGAGGACGGAUUCUCUCAACUUAUGGCAAAAAGUACUGAAUUCUCUAAGCGAUUUAGUGAUACAAGUCGAAAAACGUUUGUAAACGAAUAUUUUGAAAGAAUCGAGCUUGAAGAUUUACGCUUAAUAUCUACACUUGGUAUUGGAGGGUUUGGAAGGGUAGAAUUAGUCACUUUAGCCUCUGACCAGAGUCAAUCAUUUGCAUUGAAACAGAUGAAAAAAUGCCAGAUCGUUGCGACACGUCAAGUGGAGCACAUAAAAUCAGAAAAAAGAAUCCUAAUGGAAACAAACUCUGACUUCAUAACCAAACUACACAAAACUUUUAAAGAUGACAAGUAUUUGUACAUGCUAAUGGAGUGUUGUCUUGGUGGAGAACUUUGGAGUAUUCUUCGGGACAGGGGCCAUUUUAAUGACACAACCACACGAUUUUAUGUUGGAUGUGUGCUCGAAGCAUUAAAAUACCUUCAUGCUAGAAAUAUAAUUUAUCGAGACUUGAAGCCAGAAAAUUUACUCCUGGACUCUAAAGGAUAUCUUAAAUUAGUUGAUUUUGGAUUUGCUAAACGACUAGAGACGAGCAAAACCUGGACUUUUUGUGGGACGCCCGAAUAUGUUGCUCCUGAGGUCAUAUUAAAUAAAGGUCACGGAAUACCGGCCGAUUACUGGUCCCUUGGUGUUCUAAUGUAUGAACUUUUGACUGGCAGCCCCCCUUUUGUCGGUGGAGACCCUAUGCGCACAUACAAGCUCAUUCUCAAGGGGAUUGAUUUCCUCGACUUUCCAGAAACUAUUACCAAACAAUCGUACAGUUUGAUAAGAAAACUGUGCCGAGAGAAUCCAGAAGAUCGACUUGGUGCAAAUCGUGGCCUCAGUGAAAUAAAGCGACACAAGUGGUUUGACGGUCUUGACUGGAAUGGACUGAGGUCAAAGAGUUUGGCUCCCCCCAUCAUUCCCUGCGUUAAAGGCCCCCAUGACGCAGGAAAUUUUGAUGAGUAUCCUCCUGACCGCAGUGUGACUCCCCCAGAUGACAGAAGUGGAUGGGACUGGGAUUUUUGAUGAUCAAGAAUUGUUAUGAAACAGAUCUGAUAUAUUUUUUAUGAUACGUGUAAAUCAAGCAGUAUCUUGUGUCAACUGUACUUUCUCAAAGACGUUACAUUUACGUAUAAUAUUUUAUUUUUUAUGUUUCUGGAUUAUGCAUAAUGCAUUUUGUAUUCAUAUUAAAUGUUCUACCCUGCUGCCUAGAUAAAUAUAGAUUUGUUUGCAUCUGUAAUUCUACGAUGUGAAUAAACUUGAAUAGACUCUAAAA